AUGAAGAAGAAGGUGAACGAAAACCCAAAGAAGGAUAAUACGGAUACACCCGUACUAUCCGACAUGUACUGCGCGCAGGAAAUCGAAAAGAUUCUACAGAGUCGCACAGUGGAGGAGCUAAACAAAUUGGGACUCAAAGAGGAUGUAUGGGUGUCUUACACCCGGAUCCUUGGCUAUCUUCUGCUAUGUGGUAUUGGUGCUUACAGCGCCAUGUUUACUGGCGUGGAGAAAAACAGACUACAUUUGCAAAUAUGUUUGGUCGCCUUCUUUGCUAUACUAGCACUCACGUUGAUCUACGAUAAAGCCGUUAUCCACGGAGCAACUUAUAGGCUACAGUUUCCUGGGAAAUUUAAGGUACUCAUCUGGUGUAACUUCAACUGGCGCCACGGCACAUACGACAUAACUUAUGCCCGUGUGGACAACUACAAACAGAAAGAGACGUAUCAAAUCCCUUUAGGGGAAGUGUUCUUUGAUGACGGCAGGCUAGACGAAGACUGGUACCACCAGUCAAUGGACAAGCUGUGCCAAGAGAUCAAGAAGGUGGGCACGAAAAAGACUAAGUGA